UGAUACUUCCCUUGCCAAAUCAAAAUAUUUCAUAACACAUUCAAAAAGAGGAAACAGAGAGUUAGAGCUUCGAUUUUUCAAAAUCAAGCCAGUUUUUCCAUCUUCAUCCACCCUUCAUCUUCUACAAACCUUAUACAAAUCUGUCAAUGGCGUUACUCUUGCUUCUGCAAUAAACACCUCCGGCUACAUUGAAAUCAUCAUUUUAGUUCCUGUCCUUGUAUCGCUGGAGGAAUGGACGAUAAGCAGCCGCCAUGUCAGAUGCCUCCGCUGAUAGACUCCCAGUCGCUCCUUUCUGCUAGGGUUUCAACUCCGACAUAGACAAGGAAAGAGCAAAAUAACGGCUGUUUGAUCAGUCAAUAACGGAGAAAUGAUAACCGUUUGAUUACCAUCCUAGAUGCUAUGGUUCAUCUCGAUUUUCUUAUUGCUAGAAGCAUAGCGUCAGCAUCGAUUGAAGUAUAAGGGAAGAGGAGUUCUGCAUCUACCCGAUCCAAACGGAGAAAUCUGAUCAGGAUCGGCGCCAAUGGCGAAGGGGCUAUUGGUCGUAGAGAAGGCGAGAAGAUGCCUACGGACGAUUUUCUUCAUGAUCGCGAUGGUCGCGUCGCUGCUCGUAUUGUCUUUGCCCGUUCUCGUGGCUCUCGUUGACGUGUUGGUGCCGUCCGUCCUCGUUUCGAGCUUCACGUGUAUCACGUGCUACGGUGUAAAGGAGCAUUUACGCCGAUACGCUUUCAAGGGCUCCUUGACUGAUAUACCUCUCGUCUCAAUCGUCAGAUCUCUCAUAAUUAUCUGUGUUUACUCGAUGUGUGAUGGCCCAGCUCUCUCGCACGGUCCUUACCUUGGAACUGUCACGCUCUGCUCUUUUAUUUCGAUUCUUCUCCUUUCAGUUAAGGCUUGUGUUUUUACUGCGAACUCCCAACUCGAGGCUGAAGCUUCCUCCUCUCUCUCGAGGCAAAAGCUGCAUCUUAAAAAGUCGUGGGGCAUGCCUGUCUUGUUUCUCUCGUCAGUAGUUUUUGCCCUUGGCCAUACUGUGGUUGCUUAUAGAACCAGUUGCAGAGCACGGAGGAAGCUCAUGUAUCAUAGAGUUGACCCAGAAGCAGUACUUUCGUGUAAAAAUGUUUUCUCUGGCUACCAGAAGGUCCCACGAUCUCCCACUCCCUCAAUAGGGAAAACCCCGAAAAGUGACAGUGAAAUCAGGAGAAAACCUUCAGAGACAGGUCAUGAUGAAGGGGAGCUCCCAGUCAGAUUGCUAGCUGAUCUUGACAGUUUAUUCAUUUCAAUUCAAGGGCUGACUGUCCAUUUUAAACUUUGCUUGCCUGGUUCACCUCCCCGUUCAUUAUCAUCAGCCACCUUUCGUGAACCCAGCUCCACCUAUAGCACCCCAGAAACAGCUGCCGGAAGGCUGAAGCUUGAUAGGAAAGCAUUAAGCAUGUUAUCAAAAACUCAGUGUCACCACAUUCACAGGAGCUACAGCAAUCAGUUUCAUAGCUCCUCUUUAUAUACCCCUCUUCUGGAUGGUUCAGCAGCUUCUCCUGUUCUCUCUGAAGAUAUCCCUGUCUUGAACCUGGAUGAUGCUUGCGAGGAAGAUGACAUGAAUAAAUUGAACUCUUUGGCUUUAGAGAAUGAUACUGAUGGACAUGGCCAGUUUGGUGUAAUAUUAGUGCAUGGAUUUGGAGGAGGAGUGUUUUCGUGGAGGCAUGUGAUGGGAGUAUUGGCUCGGCAGCUUGGUUGCACAGUUGCUGCUUUUGAUCGGCCUGGCUGGGGAUUGACUUCUAGGCCACGGAGAAGAGAUUGGGAAGAAAGAGACUUACCCAACCCUUACAAGCUUGAAAGUCAGGUUGACUUGCUUCUUUCUUUCUGUUCCGAGAUGGGAUUUUCUUCAGUUGUACUUGUUGGUCAUGAUGAUGGAGGUUUGGUUGCCCUAAGAGCUGCACAAAGAGUGCAAGCAUCAAUAAGUUCUUCCAAUGUCACAAUCAAAGGGGUGGUGUUACUUAAUGUUAGUUUGUCAAGAGAGGUAGUUCCUGCCUUUGCAAGGAUACUCUUACACACUAAACUUGGGAAGAAGCAUUUGGUUCGUCCCCUUUUGCGAACGGAAAUUACUCAAGUAGUGAAUCGACGCGCAUGGUACGACACAACCAAGUUGACAACAGAGGUCUUAAGCCUCUACAAGGCCCCACUAUGUGUAGAAGGUUGGGAUGAAGCCCUUCAUGAGAUAGGUAGAGUGUCAUACGAGAUGGUUCUUUCACCACAAAAUGCGACAUCAUUGCUUAAAGCUGUGGAAAACUUGCCAGUUUUAGUUAUAGCAGGUGCUGAGGAUGCCCUUGUCUCUCUGAAAUCCUCUCAAGCUAUGGCUUCCAAACUUGUAAAUUCUAGAUUAGUUGCGAUAUCUGGAUGUGGCCAUCUUCCGCAUGAGGAGUGUCCCAAGGCAUUACUUGCAGCUAUAUCACCCUUCAUAAACAGACUGAUUCUUAGACCUGAUUUGCAGAACCAAUAGGUACCAAAUUUUAAUAUAAAAAUAGUGUUGCGAUCUGUUGUAGAGGUCCUGUCUUUUUCUUUUUCUGAACUAGUUCAUUCCAAGAGAAGAGACCAAUCUCUUCUAUUGGGUAAUUUUGAUGUCUUAGUAGGGUCAUAGAGUUCUCUCACUUGUAACUUCUUUUUUCUCCUCUUUGCUUUUUAAUCUUUUCUUCUUCUUUUUCCUCUUUCCUCUUAAGGUUUAAAUUUUAUUUAUGCUUGGUUUGAACAGAUUGUUAUUUGCCACUUAAGUGAGUGGUAAAUGACAUAUAUUUGUAAAAUUUUCAGGUUGGAAAAUACAUGCAUGGUUUUAUUUGAUGACAGUUAUCUAGCA